AUGGUGACUUCGACGGUGGAGGCCUUGAGUCCUGAAGACGGCGAGCGAAUUCCCAUCACAAAAGACAAACACUACGCGAUGGAUAGUGAGAUCUGGAUGAUAGUUCUUGUCAUUAGCUUCGCCGCCUUCCUCUUGUUUAUUGUGUUUCUUCCUUGUCUGAAACGCCGUUACUGUCACCACUCCGACCUGUCACUGUCAGAAGACUCUUCCUGUAACGGAAAACUCAAGCCCUCACCUGUUGUCGUAGGCAAACAGUCGAUUUCGGUAUAG